GUGGGCACCAAGUCACCAGGCACGACAGGGGGCUCUGAGUCAAUUGGCACGACAGCGGGCACCGGGUCAUCAGGUACCGGAUUGUCUGGCUCGACAGCGGGCAUCGGGUCACCAGGUAUGACAGCGGGCACUGGGUCACCAGGCAUCAGGUCAUUCGGCUUGCCAGCGGGCACCGCAUCAUCUGGCAAGGCAGUGGGCACCAAGUCACCAGGCACGACAGUGGGCUCUGAGUCAAUUGGCAUGACAGCGGGCACCGGGUCAUCAGGUAUCGGAUUGUCUGGCUCGACAGCGGGCAUCGGGUCACCAGGUAUGACAGCGGGCACUGGGUCACCAGGCAUCAGGUCAUUUGGCUUGCCAGCGGGCACCGCGUCAUCUGGCAAGGCAGCGGGCACCAGGUCACCAGGCAUUGGAUCGUCUGGCUCGACAGCGGGCAUCGGGUCAACUGGCCUAAUAGGAUCAUCAGGCUGGAUCAGCUGGGUACAGGCAUCAGGCUGAAGUGCGGGUGCCGAGGCACC